AUGCCCAUCAAACAAACCGAUAUCAACCUCCUUUCCAACAGAAAUCAAAGACCUGUAACAUAUUUCCAAUUAGGUGCCUCGAACAAGGUUAUGCCGAUGCUUAAUGCCCACAAUAACAGCACUGGAGACAGCAUGAUCCCCAAGGACAUCACCAUCAAAGACACGGGAACAAGCAGAAAGGGCCUAGGCACCAAAAACAACGGGACACCCAGUCGAUAA